UUCAUUCAUUCAUAUUCGCUUCUCAAUACAUAUAUUGCAUCUUUGGUUCUGCUACUUAGACCAACACAUUCGUUUCAUUCGGUCGUUACUGGACCUCUACCUACGCAAGUCCCUUCUCGGCGGCUGUUAUAUUCUACUUACAUUCUGCGUUACUCUCGUCACAGCAUAGCCUUACAGUUUCCCUCCGCUCCUUUGUUACGUUGCACGAUUUCGAUCGAGUUCCUCGGGAUUUCUUCACGAUGCGCGCUCCCGUCCUCCCGGCCAUUUUCUCUUUGGCCCUCCCUGGGGUUUUAGCAAGCGUUACCUGCGAUGGUGCGCGAGCUCCUCUCCUCGACGGCGAUGCUCAGAGAUACCUCAACCACACGUUGAGCUGUAUCAAAGACCUAUGCGUUACCGGCGACGCAUCCAAGGUAUGCGGAUCACUUUAUCUGGAGGUGAAAUCGCUCGACAAAGAAGUUUCAGUUGACGAUGCCGGUUGCCGCGAAAAUUUCGAAAGCAUCGCCCACCAGUGCAUGGCUAUUGAACAUGGCAAGGGCGGCUCUAUCAUUGGCAACAAUGCUCAGUACUCGAUCCACGAAUUCAUGAAAGAAAUCGGGCCCGAGAAUGAUGCCCUAGACACGGCGCUGCAUAACUCUCGUAGAGGAGUUAGCGGGAAUAAGGGUUCUGGCAAGACUAAGAAGACGAGCAAAUCCGGUCGAAAGGGCAGCAAGAAGACCAGUGGCAAGGGCAAGAAGAAGAAGACCGGUAAGAAGGGGAAGAAGGGGAAGAAGACGGGCAAGAAAACGUCUGAUACCACGAGCGCUACGAAUUCCACUUCGGUGGCGAACGGAACAGCAGAAGCAUGCGAAAGGAAAGGGGCCAAAACCAAAAAGGGGAAGAAGAAUGUCCGUGAUAUCCUGGAAUCCUUUCUUUCAUCUUCCUUGCUUCCCAGGGCUCCGGGGGACAAAGGCAAGGGAAAAGCUACAGAUGAAGAAGAAGAUGGUUGUAGGCCCUGGGGGGAGUACUGGAAACGGUCCCUCAGCACCAACGUCGAGCACUAUUUCUUCCACAAGGCCGAGGAUCUGGGAGAUACAGCGGCUUACCUGACAGCACCAGACGCCGCUCAAAAGGUCUUUGGAAAGAUGAAAACGGGCGGUUUCUUAAACGUGAUUUCAUUCUCUGGCCCAAACCAAAACACUCUCUGCGUUGGCGAUCCAGGUCGAAACAACCCAAAAGAUAUCGCAGCGAAAGAGGCAAAAGCAGGCGGCAAAUGCGUCAUUACCAACGGAAAUUUCUUCGUCCUACCCGGGAACUCUAAAAUGACUCUGAGCUAUAAUGGCCCCGUCAUCGAAGAUGUCCACAAGUACAAGGGCUAUUCGAUCGGUUUCACGUCUACCGACCCCGAGGAAAAACAAACAUUCCCACUUCCCUCCGAUUAUGCAGGGUAUUACGAACGGUUCGAGGGAACCGACGGCAGCUACAUGUGGUGCGGGCCGGAUCUCAAAAAAGAACUCCGCGUCUCGGAACCCGAGUUCUGUCCCGACCCACCUCGAGCGCACGACGGAACGUUGGAGGACCCAAACAAGAUCAAAUUCAUGCGCCACGCGUACGGGUCCAUCCCGGGGAGCCUGUUACACGCCGUCGGACCCGCCGACCGUCUCGUGACCGUCAUCAUGAGCGACACCAACAAAUUCAUCUUUUCGUUGACGACCAAGAACAAGACAAAGGGCGGUCUCAAAUUAAACGAUAUGAGAGACCUCAUCGACACCUUCUUGAAAGAGUUCACCGAAGCCAAAGAGGAUGGGAUUUCGGGCGCUAAACAAGCUUUGAACAUGGACGGUGGAGGCAGCGUAUACGUCAUAUGGGUCAAGGGCAAUGGCGAACAGGAAGUCCUUGCAGCCGGGAAGAUGGAACCGAAAGACGAAGAAGCCGACGGGACUAUUAAUAACUCGCGGGCGAGAACGGUGCAGACUAUUGUCAAGCAUACUUUCGCGAAGCGACGCAUCGUCUGGGAUUUUGGGUUUUGA